AACUACUCAAUCACUAACUCUCUCCUUUCUCUUUUCAUAGUCAGUCAUUGUCUCUGAAUCAAUUGUUCUUUUCCUUUAAAGAAUGGAUUUAGAGUCUCUACAAACAAUUGCAUUUCUCAAUGCACAAAAUGACUUAAUAGACAUGAAUGAGGAAGAUGCAGAAGUGCAAGCACCGGAGCAAAGUGAAACACAAAUUCAGCCGACUCAAACUCAACAAGCUCCACGUAAGAGACGCAAAACUUCAAAUGUUUGGGAUGAUUUCAUUUCAGUAGGGUUAGAGAGUGAUGAAAAAGAAAGAGCUAAGUGCAUACAUUGUGGUACAAAGUUGGUGAUAGGUACUAGUAGUAGACCACAUGGAAAUUAUGGAACAAAUCACUUAAGUCGCCAUUUAGAGAAGUGUCCUAAGAUGCCUAAGAAGAUAGAUAGGCCGGUAUAUGAUCAGAAGAUCGAUCGUGAGAUGGUUAGUGAAGUAAUCAUCUAUCAUGAUUUACCUUUUCGAUACGUAGAAUAUGAGAAAGUCCGGGCGAGAGACAAAUAUUUAAAUCCGGAUUAUCAACCUAUUUGUAGGCAAACUGCUGCUGCUGAUGUUUUUGUGAGAUAUGAAGUAGAAAAAGAAAAGUUAAAAGAGCUUUUUGCAAAGCAUCGUGGUAGAGUUUCUUUUACUUCGGACUUGUGGUCAGCUAAGGCUAGUAUGACGAGUUAUAUUUGUGUAACUGCGCAUUUUAUCGAUGAAGGUUGGCAUUUACACAGUUAUAUUUUAGAUUUUUGUGAGUUGAAGUCUCCGCACACUGGUGAACAUAUUGCUAAUAGGAUUCUUGAUUGUUUAAAGGAAUGGGGACUAGAAAAAAAGGUACUUUCUAUGACUCUAGACAAUGCUACCAAUAAUAAUAAUAUGGUGAAAAUCCUCAAGGGUCAGCUUCAGAUGAUUAGUGGCAGUGGUUUGUUAUGUGAUGGGAAAUUUCUGCACAUUAGAUGUUGCGCUCAUAUUCUUAACAUCAUUGUCAAGAAAGGUUUAGAGUUAGCUAAGGAUGUUUUACACAACAUUCGGGAAAGUGUUCUAUAUGUGAAAGCAUCUCCACAGAGGAAAGAGGCAUUUGCAGCCUGUGUAGAGAGAGUGGGAAUAAGGAGUGGGGCAGGGUUAUCUCUUGAUGUUCCUACUAGAUGGAACUCUACAUAUGAAAUGCUCGCUAGAGCAUUGAAGUUUAGAAAAGCAUUUGAUAGCAUGAAGGCUUUUGACACCAAUUAUAAGUCUUUACCAUCAGAUGAUGAGUGGGAUCGUGGUGAAAAGAUUUGUGACUUGUUGAAGCCAUUUAGUGUAAUCACUACUUAUAUUUCAGGCUCUAAGUAUCCGACAUCGAAUGUAUACUUCACCCAAGUUUGGAGGAUUGAAUUACUAUUGAAGAAGUACGGCACUUGUGAUGAUGAGGAUAUAAAGCAAAUGGCUAUGGAAAUGCAAAUUAAGUUUGCUAAGUAUUGGAAGGAUUACAGUCUUAUUUUGGCUAUUGGAGCAGUUUUAGAUCCAAGACUUAAAGUAAAGAUGCUCGAAGUAGCUUAUCAGAAAGUAGAUCCCACUACUUCUGCGUUGAAGAUUAAAGAACUUGAGAAGAAUUUGGAAAUGAUUUUUAAAGCUUAUCAGACGAGUUCUCCAGGUGUUUCAGGGACAACAAAUCCACAUGACUUACUUAGUGAAUCUCCACUUGAGGAUGAUUUCGAUAAUGAUCUCUUUGAGUUGGAAAGAAGCAUUGAAGCUGGUGUGAACAACACAAAGAGUCACUUGGAUAUCUAUUUGGCUGAGCCAAGACUAGAGUGGAAAGCUUUUCCAAAUUUAGAUGUUUUGAGGUAUUGGAAAGACAACCAACAUCGCCUUGGGGAUUUAGCUUUAAUGGCACUUGAUAUUCUCAGUAUUCCAAUUACCACGGUAUCUUCGGAGUCAGCAUUUAGCAUUGGAAGUAGAGUCUUGACACCAUAUAGGAACCGUUUACUUCCACAAAACGUUCGGGCUUUGCUAUGUACACGUAAUUGGUUACGUGGUUUCGCAGAAUAUGAAGGUACAGUUGAAGAUAAUAACGACACUACGCUAUGAAAAUGCUCUUGAAGAUUUAUGGAUCACUCAUCAUUUGCUCUUAUUUUUUGUUUUGUUCAAUGUUAUUGAAAUCUAUGUUUUAGUGAAUUAUAAAUAUUUCAGAUUUAG